CUGAAGAAAGAAUUAUGUUAAAUUUUGUCGGUUUCUGAAUUUUGGAGCUUCAUUGAAUCCUGCAUGAGGGGAAAGCCAAUCAGACCUGAUGAGGACCAGCUGUGAGCUGGCAUGAUGAGCUGUUUAAAAACUCUUUCAGGGCCAUUUUCCAGUAGUUACUGGAACAAUGGGAGCUGUUCAGGUCCUGGUAUUAUGUGUGGUGACAGUAUGGUUAAAGCAAGGCUCAUCUUUGCCAAUUGUCAAAAGAGCAGCAAGUGCUCCAACACACUGGAUGAGUCAAAAUGGAAUGUCUUACGAUGACUCUCUGAAGAGCAGCCUUGGACUUGUUCAGUCAAUGGAUUCCAUGUUGGUGAAGCAUGUUAAAGAAGUGCAACUGGAAUCCAAUGAAGUGGAAGCAAAGGCAUCAGAAGGCAACAUGAGAAUAAAGUUACUUCUGACCGGACUGAAACAGCUCAAGGAAAAGAAUGUUCCUGCAGCCGACAACCAGACGGCGGUGGCAGCCGACAACCAGACGGCGGUGGCAGCCGACAACCAGACGGCGGUGGCAGCCGACAACUCUGCUUGA